GACCAGCUGGACAUCCAGGAAAGGACGGAGCUCCAGGUGCUCCAGGAGAGAAGGGACCACAAGGAGAAGCCGGAUCCCCAGGAAACGAUGGAAUCCCAGGAGAACCAGGAGUUCCAGGAAAGGAUGGAGUUGAAGGAGAGAAGGGAAUCUGCCCCAAGUACUGUGCUCUCGAUGGAGGAAUCUUCUUCGACGAUGGAAGCCGUCGUUAA